AACUCACACGGAAAAUCCUGGUGUCAUAGAAGACCUGAGGUUUGAAAGAAUCCAUUUUGGAAGUCAGACUGGUAACGCAUCUUUGCACCUCACCCGGAGGAAGCCAGCUCUUCAAGAUCCAGGAGAUUCCUUUCCUUUCAAACUUCUGCAACAGGAUACGCAGCGGAAGAUAAGGAUGCGGAAGCCAGUUGUCCUAGACCAAUUGCCAAAGGACGCGGGGAGCAGAUGUCAUGGUGACAUUCGUGACUCAGGUGUGAACACAAGAUAAUUUCCCCUUGAUGGGACUACUUUUCUACAAGAAAAUUAAAAGGUGGUGUCUGAAGGAUGGCUGGCCACAAUGCCUCCAGGAAUUUCACCUGCGACCCUAUCCUGACGCCCCAUCUAACCAGACUCUACUUCGUCGUGCUCAUUGGGGGACUGGGGGGUGUCAUCUCCAUCCUAUUCUUGCUUGUGAAGAUGAACACUCGAUCUGUAACCACCACGGCUGUCAUUAACUUGGUGGUGGUCCAUGGGGUGUUCCUGCUGACUGUGCCUUUCCGCUUGUCCUACCUCAUCCAGAAAACAUGGACAUUUGGCCUGUCUUUCUGCAGACUUGUGAGUGCCAUGUUGCAUAUCCACAUGUAUCUUACCUUCCUUUUCUACGUGGUCAUUCUGGUCAUCCGGUACCUUAUCUUUUUCAAGCACAAAGACAAAGUGGAAUUCUACAGGAAAUUUCAUGCUGUUGCAGCCAGCGCUGGCAUGUGGCUGUUGGUGAUUGUCAUUGUUAUUCCUGUGGUCUCUUCUCAUUACGGAAAUAAGGGGGAUUACAAUGACAAGCACUGCUUUAAAUUCCAUGAAGAACUGGUCUAUAUGUACGUGCAAGUCAUCAACUACAUGAUAGUCAUCCUCGUCAUAGCCACCGCGGUGAUGCUCUUGGUCCUUCAGAUCUUCAUCAUUAUGUUGAUGAUGAGGAAGCUCCGCCACUCCUUCCUCUCCCACCAGGAAUUCUGGGCUCAACUGAAGAACUUAUUUUUCAUAGGCAUCAUUCUUACUUGCUUUCUCCCCUACCAGUUCUUCAGGAUCUAUUACUUACAUGUUGUGGCUCAAUCCAAGGAAUGUAACAACAAUUUUGCAUUUUACAAUGAAAUCUUUUUGAGUGUAACUGCAAUUAGCUGCUGUGAUUUGCUGCUCUUUGUUGUUGGGGGAAGCCGUUGGUUUAAGCAGAAGACAAUUGACCUGUGGAAUUGCCUGUUGUGCCAUUAGCCAUGAACUGCAGUACUGAUUUCUUUACAUUGGGAGGGAAAAGGGGGAGGGAAGGUAAGAAUGAUAUUUCAUCACUUGAUCAAGGCUGAACUGAAAGACUAGAA